CGGAGGGAGGCCAGCGGGAGAAGUCAUUGGGCAGGGGGAGGAGAAAGGGCCGGGCUGCCGGGGCCGGGCUGCCGGGGGAGGAGAGCCCCGGGGAGAGGCGAGGGGAGGCGGAUUUAAGGAGUGGCGCUGCGGGAAGGUGGCCUUGCUGCUCUUCGGUCGGCCUCUGCACGCACGCUGCCCCCUCGCCCGCCCGCAGGAUGCCUGUCAAAGGAGGCACCAAGUGCAUCAAGUACUUGCUCUUCGGCUUCAACUUCAUUUUCUGGCUUGCAGGAACAGCAGUUCUUGCAAUUGGACUAUGGCUUCGGUUUGAUUCACAGACCAAAAGCAUCUUUGAACUGGAAUCCAACAACACAACAUUUUAUACAGGAGUUUACAUCCUAAUUGGAGCUGGUGCACUGAUGAUGCUGGUUGGCUUCUUGGGAUGCUGUGGUGCAUUGCAGGAAUCACAGUGUAUGCUUGGCCUGUUCUUUGUCUUCCUGUUUGUGAUUUUCGCCCUUGAAAUUGCUGCUGCCAUCUGGGGAUUUGCAAAUAAAGAAAAGGUUAUUGAAGAGUUAAAGGACUUCUACACGGAAACCUAUGAAAAGAGAUCUCAACCAGCUGCCAGGGAAACCUUGAAAGCAUUUCAUUUUGCUCUGAACUGUUGUGGUGUUACAGGAAGUCUUGAGCAGCAGUUCAUGGAUAUCUGUCCAAAGAAGUCCUUGGCUGAGUCAUUUACUAUAACGUCAUGUCCUAAAGCCAUCGAUGAUGUCUUUCAGUCAAAACUGAAUGUGAUUGGAGCAGUUGGCCUUGGUAUUGCUGUAAUAAUGAUUUUCGGCAUGAUAUUCAGUAUGGUUCUUUGCUGUGCUAUCCGCAGAAACAGAGAAAUGGUCUAAGAGCUAGACAUCCAAGACCCCUGCACUAUAAAAUCUGUCAUUAACUUUAGCGUUCUCAAAGCAUUUCUAAAAAGUUAUAUAUUUGUUACCUUUUUAAUGCUUUAUUUGGUACUGAUGUAGGUUUGCUUUUUAUGCUAUAGGUUAAAAUGAUAAAGGUAUAUCUGACUCAAGACAAAUAUUGUACAUAAAAUAUCUGACUUUCUUGAAACUUAUGUAAUUUGGAUGUAAUUUAUGUUGGAGACAAUUUGAUACUUAAUAAAGAAUAAAAUGUA